AUGUCAGGUCCCUCUCACCAAGGCAUCACCGCACCGGGUCUCAGCGAGGCAGACCAGAACAUUAACAACACCGUUGAGGAUAUUAGCCAUCAGGCUGCGGGACACAAGGCGAACUUGAGUAAUCCGAAUACCAGCGAGCAGUCGAAGAAAAACUCGGCUGAGGCGCUCAAGGCGCUCGGUGGUGAGGACGCGUUUUAUGGGAAGCAGGGCAAAGGCGAAUAG